AUGGCGACUACGGUCGGAAAGGCUGCAAUUGCAUGGAAUGCAAAGGAGCCUCUCUCCAUUGAAGAUGUCGAGGUAGCACCUCCCAAGGCCCACGAGGUGCGCAUCAAGGUUCUUCACACUGGAGUGUGUCACACGGACCAGUACACACUAUCCGGUAGCGACCCAGAAGGCGCAUUCCCAUCCAUCCUCGGUCACGAGGGUGCUGGCAUUGUUGAAUCCGUCGGUCAAGGAGUGACUAAUGUCAAGCCCGGCGACUAUGUCAUUGCACUCUACACCCCGGAAUGCGGCGACUGCAAAUUUUGCCGAUCAGGCAAAACCAAUCUCUGCGGGAAGAUUCGCGACACCCAAGGCAAAGGCGUCAUGCCCGACGGCACUUCACGCUUCCGAGCCCGUGGAAAAGAUAUUCUUCACUUCAUGGGUUGCUCGACCUUCUCUCAGUAUACCGUUCUAGCCGAUAUCUCCGUUGUUGCGGUCACCAAUCGAAUCGGCACUGACCGAUCUUGCUUGCUUGGAUGCGGAAUCACAACUGGAUACGGAGCAGCAGUGGUUACAGCCAAGGUUGAAGAAGGCUCGACCAUUGCUGUGUUUGGUGUAGGCUGUGUUGGGUUAUCGAUUGUGCAGGGUGCUGCGCGACAGAAGGCAGGCCGGAUCAUUGCUAUUGAUCUCAAUGAUUCCAAGGAAUACUGGGCACGGAAAUUCGGUGCGACUGAUUUCAUUAACCCUAUGAAGAUUUCGAGGAACAGACUGCUUCAAGAGCAUCUGGUUGAGAUGACGGACGGAGGAUGUGAUUAUACCUUUGACUGCACCGGGAAUGUCACCGUGAUGCGGACUGCCCUGGAGGCUUGCCAUAAGGGAUGGGGCGAGAGCAUUGUGAUUGGCGUGGCUGCUGCGGGUCAGGAAAUCAAAACACGACCAUUCCAACUUGUCACCGGAAGAAAAUGGAGGGGCUGUGCCUUUGGCGGCGUGAAGGGCCGAUCGCAGCUGCCGGGCUUGGUGGAUGACUAUCUGAAUGGUCAGCUCAAGGUAGACGAAUUUAUCACUCACCGUCUACCUUUGAAUCGUCUGGGCGAGGCCUUUGGUCUCAUGAAGUCAGGCGAUUGCAUUCGCUGCGUUGUGGACAUGAGCUAG